AUGGUAUCUCUCGAGACCUGCACGAGUCUCACCAUUGUGUCGACGGCCGCAAGCCUCGGCUUGGUAUGUUACGCACUGAAAUUACGUGCAGAUAUUGCAUCACUUACUAUGAGCAAAAAGACGUUUACGCGCAAGAACGACAAGCUGUGGAACGUUGAGGAGCUCAUUGCCAAACGUCGAAGCAUUUUCCCGCCAAAUUUUGACUGCGAGGACUGCGUGCCGCGUGAGAUCCUUGACAAGAUGCUGGAAAGCGCCAAUUGGGCGCCUACACACGGUCGUACUGAGCCCUGGCGUUUCGUGGUGUUUGAAACUCAUGAGAAACGUCGGGAGCUUGGCCAGAUGUUGGCAAAUGUGUACAAGCAUGCAGUCCCCGUGGAUAAGUUUCUAGAGACAAAGUACAAGAAGUUUGUGGUUAAUUGCACUACGUCGUCUCAUGUUAUUGCCAUUUGCAUGAAGCGCCAAAAGAGUGGCAAGAUUCCCGAGUGGGAAGAAAUGUGUGCGGUGGCUUGUGCUGUGCAGAAUAUGCACCUCGUAGCGACGGCUUAUAAUGUUGGUGCCUAUUGGAGCUCAGGGCCACCCAUUACCAUGUCACAAGAGAUGAAGGACCAUCUGCAACUUGGUGACGCGGACAAGUGCCUGGGACUCUUUUACGUGGGUGUGCUGAAGGCAGACGCUAAGAUUGCAAAAGGCGUUCGCAAGCCAAUUGAGGAGAAGGUCACGUGGGUGUGA